GACGUUAGCCAACUUUGUCAGGGAGUUUGGGGUUUGGAGCUCAGGUGAUGCAGGUCAACGUGUCUGUGCUGUUCCACAGGGAGCUGGACGAACAUCGACACUGAGGAGGGAAGUGAUGCCCGACGUGGAGCCGCUCAGAUAUCCAUCAAGAGAAGGACGACCCAGUCAACCAGAUCAAGCAGAUCUUCAAGUCGUUUGCUCUGGUCGACGUCGCACUUGUGCUUUGCUCAACAGUCCCUCACCAUGUGUCAACAACGCUAUUUACCAUAUGCAAGAGCUGAGGAUGGCUGUGGAAAAUUGGUGUCAGCAGUGUGGAAAAUGUCCGCCCCAGAUCGACCAGGAUAAGCACCAAUACAGCAAAACUUUAAGAUUUCAACCGAGAGACUCAGGCACUGAAUCAGUGAUGUCUACAGAGUUGUUCGUUGAAGGCGUCGCAAUUAGUGCAAGAGAAAGUUGUCCAUUAUCGCCACUGUUGAAGAAAAUAAAUGACGUCCUUGGAGAGGUUGUGUGUCUGAUUGAGCGGCUGGAGGCUGAUCGGCAGUACGCAGAGGAAGCUCUCCGCAAAGAGAAGAGGAGAAAGAGAUUUCUGGAGAGCAAAGUUGACAGUGUUUCACUGUGGAAGCAACAAGAGCAUUCCUUUGUCGUGCAAAAAGAGCACGAGGCUUGCAACAGAGACAUCAGUGAGUUGAAGUGGCAGCUAAAAUUGGAAAAAGAGAAGCUGGACAAGCUCCAAGAGAAACUAUCAGACACAGAGGUGUUGAACCAGCAUUUACACGAUGACAUCAACUUUGCCAAAAAACAAACACCCAUUGUGAAAGAAAACCUGGACCUCCAGAGAGCCAUCAUUAAUCAAAUCAACAUUGCACAAGCAAAGGCUGAUGAGGUAAACUCAAAAACACAAAGUGAUCUCCUGAUGGUCCAGGAGGAGUUUAAAAAGAUGGAACUGGACGCCAACAAUGAAAAAAUAUCAUUGGACCAUGUUGUGCUGACGAUGGAGACUCAGCUUGCUAACAGAUUGGAAGAUUUAAACCAGAUGACGAUGCUUGAGAAAGGUCUAUGUGCUGAAAUAAAUGUUGCCGAAAAGACAGUUGCUCUUACAGAAGACAAGUGUGCAGCCAUGACGCAACGUAUCCCUGAGAUGAUGGAGCUGGAGAAAACUGAGAAAGAACGGAUUUUACAUUUGAAACGUCAAAUUGAGGAUGAAAGGCAUAAGAAUAAGAAAUUAAAAGACAAAGUAAUUGCAUUGCAAGAGGAUAUUGAGAGAUCUAAACUUAAUGGGGAAGAAGAGGUUUCCUGCAUAGAAGAGCAGUUCCAUUCAAAAUGUAAUGCUUUCGCAGCUCUCUGUAAAGAAAACAUGGAGUAUGAGCAGAAUGUUGAAGACUACAAGAUGAAAAUCUCUGAGAGUGAGAAAGCAGUAAAGCAGAUGCGCUUCGAGAGGGAGCAGAUGCUCCAGAAAAUCCUUGACAAUGAUGAGCAGCGGGAAAAGGCCAAGGAGGAGGUGACCCAAGUUGUAGCCCGGCACAGUGUCGCCCAGACUAAGCUGAACAAGCAGGAGCAGCUCACCUUCGUGGAAGAGCAGAGGGCCAGGACAGAGAUAGAAAACCUGAAGAAAGAUCUGACAGGUCAGAUAACAGUCCUGGAACUACUGAAGGGUCAGUGUGCAGACAUCAGGGAAGCACUACAACGACAGACAAGAAGCUCAGAGCUAACCAACCAAAAACUUCAGAAAGAUUUCCAAGAAGCAUCUUCAACAACAAAGGCACUAGAGACAAAAAUUGAGAAAAUCAAAAAGGUGACAGAACAUUUUGAGAAGAUUCAGUAUGAGCACGGGAAAACACUACUCGACCUUGAGAGGGAGAAAAAACUCAGAGUUGACCUCUUGAGAGCAGCCCAGGAUUUACACUCUGCAACUAUAAAGAGUUGUGAGGACACUCAGGGCAGGAUCAGUGACCUCACGAAGAAGAGCAAAGAAUACCAAGAUUCUUCGGAUGAAAUGGGAAAAACUGUUGAGAGCAUGCCAGAAGUCAUUGAAGAACUCCAAAGUGUGUUUGAUGCAGUGGAUUUCAAAAACAAAUCAGCUGCUCUCAUAAUGAGCACCUUGCAGUCUGAUAUUAAUAACUGCCAACGACAAACACAGCGAUCCAUGCAGACACACACCGCUCACGUUACAGCGAGGAAAAGGGAAAUGGAAGGAACCAAGGAAGCACUAAAAACUGCACUGGAGGAGAACAAGCAGCUGGCAAGUGAGUAUGAAGGUCUAAAGAAGAUCCUCAUGGAGGCCAGACAAGAGGAAGUGUCAGCACUGAGCAAGAAAAACCAUGAACAUAGAUCUUUACAUUAUUAUACACAGCUCUCUUUGUUGCAGAAGAGGAUGCACAAAGCUUUGGUGAAAUACUUCAAACAACGCAGCCUCUACAGCCAGGCUGAACUGGACCGGUGCCAGGCUCUCUCUCAAGAGACCAACCAGAAAAUAAAAACAGCCCAGGAGGGGUUGUCAGAGGAAAUUCAACUCAUCGCUGCGUUCCUGCAAUCCCUGACAGAUGACUCUACUACCACCGAUGAUGCCGGGGUGAACAAACAAGCUGGUCCAGAUGCCGCCAGAUCGAAUGAGUAGAUGCCUUCAGUUCAAACAGCAGUGUAAUUGGACAUUCACCUGUACCAGACAACUUACUUACCCUAGCACGCUUCACUAUCCCCCUCUAUACUUGCAGCAAAUCCAUAACAAUGAAACAGGUGACUUUCAUGCUGCUGUCAGGACUGAUCUAAUUUUAGCUGGGUGAAUGAUUGCAAUUGGCUUUGCCUCAUCAGAUAAUUAAUCUAUGUCACCAUUAAUUGGAAAAGAGAAUAAUUACAGGCAGUGUUGACAGAAAUUCUACGCUCCUCCAGAUUCCAAGAUCUAAUUACAACUAGUGAAACCCUGUGACCUUAACUAGCACUUAGUACACCUUGACCACCUUGACCAUGCCCAAGAAGACCACCGUCUCCAGAAAGACCCUGUUUUUGUCUUCGCCCCGUGCGCUCCUCAGCUCCCUUCACUCUCCCCACUCUCUGAAAG